AUGCAGCCCGUUAUUCUUGGGCUCUUGGUGAUCUUCAUUCUCGGGAUCGCCAUCGGCCACUUCAUCAAGACAUUCCGGGAGCUGAACGAUCCCAAUGGCCCGCCUGGACCGACUCUAAUCCCCUAUCUGGGCCGCAUCCACGACCUGCCCAUCCAGUAUAUGUGGAUCAAAUUCAAGGAAUGGGCCGACAAGUACGGCAGCGGCGGGUUGUACAGGACACAGAUGUUGGGCACCAAGUUCCUCAUCAUCACCGACGAGAAGAUCGCAGAGGACCUCCUUGUCAGGCGGGCCAAGUACAACUCGGAUCGCCCACAAGUCCAGUCCCUGUUUGACUCCAAGAGCUCCAGCGGGUCAAUGGAAUACCUGCCUCUAAUGGGCCGGAACGAGUACUGGUCUCGCCAGCGCAAACUCGCGCACGCCUACCUCACCGAAGCCACCAACGCGCACUACCACGGGGUGAUGUACUUCGAGGCCAAGCGGUGGCUCGCCCGACUCAUCCAAUCCCCCGACGACUUCCAGACCUCGCUCGAGGACAUGUCGUCCAAGAUCAUGUGCCAGCUAACCUGGGACGACACCUCCAUGAGCCGCGAGCUGACUACCAGCGCCUGGGGCUUGCUCAAACAAAUGUCCCCGGCAGGGCCCAUCACCAAUGUUCUAACUCCCCUCUGGCAUCUGCCGUUGUGUCUCAACCCGUGGAAGCGGGCCGAGAAAAAGAGACAUGAUGAACAGCAGGCUUGGUGGAUGCAGCGGUUGGUUGAGAGCAAGGAGAGGUUGCGCAGGGGGGAGCUGGGGCAUUGUUGGACGAGGCAGUUUCUGGAGAGGCAGCAGCGGGAAGGGGGGAAGAUGUGUAUCUCGGGGGAUUAUGAGGCGUCGUCGGUUCUGGGGAUGCUGGCGCUGGUGGGGAUCUUUACGAUUGCUGGCCCGCUGUCGUAUUGGUUGGUGGCGAUGGUGCAUCACCCGGAAUGGCAGGAGGCGGUGCAGAGGGAAGUUGAUGUCCAGUGUGAAGGCCGGAUGCCGACGCUGGAUGACAUGCCGAAGCUGCCCGUUCUGAGAGCGUGUAUCAAGGAGACGAUGAGGUGGAAGCCUAACGUGCCGACCGGCGUCGCCCACGAAGCGGAACGAGACGACGUCUACAACGGGUACUUCAUCCCCAAGGGAACCCGUCUACUACCUCUCGACUUAGCCUUCCUCCGCAACCCCAAGCGGUACCCCGACCCCGACUCAUUCCGCCCCGAGCGCUGGCUCGAGCCAGGCUGGCCGACCUAUCAAACCCCCUUGACCAAGUACCCCACCCUCAAGGGCAUGUCCUCCUUUGGCUGGGGGCAGCGCCAGUGCCUGGGGAUGGCAGUCACGCAGGACGAGCUGGUGGUGGCGUGUGGCGCGCUGGCGUGGUGCUUCAAUCUCAAGCCCAAGCGGGAUCCGGUUACUGGAGAACAUUUUCCGGUGCCGUUGGAUAAGUCAAACUCGCUGCUUAUCAUCAAGCCGGAUCCGUUUCGCAUGGAGUUUGAGCCCAGGAGUGAGGAGCGGAAGAGGGAGGCGUCAAGGUUUUUGAACGGCCUCAACCCCUGA